GUUCACAUCUUCAGAGCAGCAGACUUCGAAGAGCAGGCACUGGAGAUCAAGUCGGAGGGCAGAGAAGGGGAUGGAAUCUGGGAGAAGGGGAUGGAAUCUGGGAGAAGGGGAUGGAAUUUGGGAGAAGGGGAUGGAAUCUGGGAGAAGGGGAUGGAAUCUGGAAGAAGGGGAUGGAAUCCGGGGGAAGGGGAUGGAAUCUGGGAGAAGGGGAUGGAAUAUGGGAGAAGGGGAUGGAAUCUGGGAGAAGGGGAUGGAAUCUGGGAGAAGGGGAUCGAAUCUGGGAGAAGGGGAUGGAAUCUGGGAGAAGGGGAUGGAAUUUGUGAGAAGGGGAUGGAAUCUGGGAGAAGGAGAUGGAAUCUGGAAGAAGGGGGUGGAAUCUGGGAGAAGGAGAUGGAAUGA